AUGAUGGACGACAGCGAAGACUACGCUAGGCAUGCCUUGGGCUCCUCGACUCACUCUACCAAGAACGCGUCUUCAGGUCAUGCCUCGACCUCACCCACACUCGCUCAGUUCUCUUUUGCUCCUGCAACUCAGACGACUGUAGUCACCACCACUACCACCACCACGACCCGGUUUCCACCUCUUCUCAUGCGUCCUCCGAGCAAAUCCUACCAGCUUGACUCGAAGCAAUACCCAUUGGCAGCUACGCCCACCCCGACUGCGCUUCAGAAUAUUGCUCUGAAAGUUGGUGGCACAUCCAUGAUCUUUCGGGAGGCAGCAGAUGCUAUGUUGGCCAUGGAACACUUAGAGGACGAGCAGAAAAUACUAUCCAGCAAUAACGGCGAGGUCAAGACUGUGCAAGCCUACGAAUCCUGGGUGCAAACAGACCCCGAACUGGCAUCUCAUCCUCUUGCCGUCAGCAGAAGUCGAUUGGACAGGCUUGCGUCACCAGACUCUUUCACCGACACAGACGACGAAGGCAUAGAAACCUGGCCUUCUAAACGCAGACGUCUGUCGAAUGCAGCAUCCAGCAGCAGAGUUCGACCGCUGCAAGCACACCCGCGAAUCCGAAGUAUGCAAGGCACUAAGCCUCUCACCCCUCGCAGUCAGUCAAGACAACGUCCCGAUCUCCGCAACUCGUUGUUGCCGUCCACGAGUGCUGCACCACUGCCAUCUCCUGGUCUUGAUCAGCCGGACUCGUUUCAGGACAUACUUGCGGCAGACUCGGAGGAUGAUUUGCACGACCCUGAAAGCGAAGACCACGGAUCUCCCGCAGAUUCGACACGAAGAGGAAUCUCGCGUGACGCUUCUGUACCGACACCACCCAUUGACUUAGACAGCUUCAGCAACAGUGUUCGCCCUCCCAGCCGAAGAGCCCUGUCAUCUGUCCCAGCUCGGCUACAUACGACAGCAAGUCCAUCAGGUCAGGAUGGCAGUCUUCCUAGUCCGAGUCUCUCUCCCGUCACAGCAGCUGCCAACCUGCAGAAUGCUGGCUACUUUGGGGAUGUAGACUCCCAAUCUGAUGUUGCGUCUCACGCCAGCUUGACAGAUGAUGCGCGAGAGCAACGUCGGAGCUUUGAUCUUAAGGCAACCGACCGUCCGCUUCACGGCAGUGGAGCCAGCCGUUUCUCGAAAUUCUCUGUUGCCGAGAUUCCAGCAAUGCUUGAUUUCUUCGAAGCAGUUCCCGAUGAGUUGAAGGCAUAUCUGAUGCAUCAGAUGCUACGAAGAUGUCCAAAAGAAACCUUGCAUUUGAUAGCUGAUGUUGUAAAUCCAGCGCUCAAGUGUGAUUUCCUCACGCUUCUGCCCUCUGAGCUGGCGCUUCAUAUCGUUCAGUACCUUGAUCUCAAGAGCCUGGCACGCGCUGCACAAGUCUCAAAGAAGUGGCGACAACUCAUCAAUUCGGACGAGAAGGUAUGGAAAGAGCUAUUCGACGCUGAUGGCUACGAACUAGCCGAAGGCGAGCUACAACAAGCUAUUGCAGAAGGCUGGGGUUGGCAAGACCCGUCCGGUCACGAUGGAUAUGAGAUGGACAUCAGCCAAGCUGGACAUGACAUAACAGACAUGGAAGAGUAUCUGUCCUCUUCACCAUCGUCGCAACCACAAAGUGGACUGACACGAUUGUUCCGACGCUCUAAGCGUAAAGCCGUCUCGAUACUCUCCGGUCCGUCAAAGGCUUCGAAGAGACGCAAGACCUCACGCGACGCCUCUGUAGACAUCAGCUCAAUCAAUUGGAUGGAGAUGAUGUCGACUUCUGAAGGUCCGUACAACGCUGCCAGCGCUGCAAUACUAGCUGUCCCGCACCCGGACGUCGGUCUUACUUCCUUGAGAGGCCUACACCUUUAUAAGACGUUAUACCGCCGCCAUCAUAUGAUCAGGAAGAAUUGGAUGUACGAAGAUGCGAAGCCUCGACACAUCGCUUUCCGUGCGCACAACACCCAUGUUGUAACAUGUCUGCAGUUCGACACUGAUAAAAUUUUAACGGGAAGUGACGACAACAACAUCAAUGUUUAUGACACCAAGACGGGAGUCCUCCGAGCCAGGCUGAUUGGUCACGAAGGCGGUGUUUGGGCGUUGCAGUACGAGGGCAACACACUUGUGUCCGGCUCCACCGAUAGGUCUGUGAGGGUAUGGAACAUUGAGACCGGCGAGGAGAGACAGGUUUUCCGUGGGCACACCUCAACAGUUCGCUGCUUACAAGUGGUCAUGCCAGUUCAGAUCGGCGAGACCGCAGAUGGGAAGGCGAUCAUGAUGCCAAGGCAGCCACUCAUCAUCACUGGUUCACGAGACUCAACGCUGCGUAUCUGGAAGUUACCAAAGCCUGAAGAUCCACCGUUCAUUCAAGCUGAGUCCGAGGGAGACACAGAUGACUGCCCGUACUUCAUUCGAGCUUUGACCGGACAUCAGCAUUCCGUUCGGGCUAUUGCAGCCUACGCCGAUACGCUUGUCAGUGGAAGCUACGACUGCACUGUUCGCGUGUGGAGGAUAUCAACAGGAGAGACUGUACAUCGCUUGCAAGGUCACACUCAGAAAGUCUACAGCGUUGUCUUGGAUCAAACACGAAAUCGCUGUAUCAGCGGAUCGAUGGACAACAUGGUCAAGAUCUGGUCUCUCGAUACAGGUGCGGCCAUAUACAAUCUGGAAGGUCACACGUCACUAGUCGGAUUACUGGAUCUCAACUGCGACCGCCUGGUGUCUGCUGCUGCUGAUUCAACACUACGAAUAUGGGAUCCAGACAAUGGGCAGUGCAAGGCUACCUUGAGUGCGCACACUGGUGCCAUAACCUGCUUCCAGCACGAUGGUCAGAAGGUCAUUAGUGGCAGCGACCGAAAUCUCAAGCUUUGGAACAUCAAAACAGGAGAAUGCGUGAAGGAUCUGUUGUCGGACCUUAGCGGUGUCUGGCAAGUCAAAUUCAAUGAGCGACGGUGUGUGGCUGCGGUCCAACGAGACGGUAGCACUUUCAUUGAGGUGAUCGACUUUGGUGCAGCGAGGGAUGGCGAGCCUGAAUGUAAGAGAGGGCGCCGGAUCGUUGUUGAUGAAAGUGGCCGAGAGGUGAUCAACGAUGACGAGGAACGUUUUGUGGACAUGGAUGGACCAAGUGAUCAUUGA